CUCUGAGGCCCGCCGUUCUUUAUCAAUGAGAGUGACGUAGGUUGUGUGCCGAAUGGAGAUGGAGUAGGGUGGACCCGACCACCGGGACUGGGUGUCGCUGCAAACACACACAGGGAAUCGUAGUCGGAAUCGGAGUCGGGAAUCGGGGCCAGUACGUUAAAAACUGUUGCACUGCGUCGCUGGGACGUCAGUUCAUUCAGAACAGUCGAAGGGCGCAGACCACUGAAAGACAAAAGACAAAAAUCGCGGAGUCGACGUCGACCUCCCACCUCCAGAUCCGAGACUCCUAUUUGGGACACCGACACCACAAUAGCCAUGAAGAUGCCACUGCUGACCCUCCGACGGAGCAGUGCUUUGCCCAUCCUGGCACUAAUCCUGUGCCUCAGUCCGCUGAUCCAGGCGGUGCCCGCCUCGGUGCUCGCCCAGGACACGGAGCUCUCCACCAGCGCCAACCAUAAGCUCCAGCUCCAGCAGCAGCAGCAGCAACAGCAGCUGGAAAAACAGCAGCAGCAGCAGCAUCAGCAGCAGCAGCAGCAACAGCCGGCAGCAGCGAAACGUUCCGAGGAGGCGAACGUUGUGCCCUCGGCGGACAAGAAGUCGAGUCCGGAAAUUGUGCCCGCUUCCUUUAGCAAUGCUCCAUCGGCCCGGAAUGCUCCCAUUCCCGCGAUCUCCUCCAGCCAACAGGUGCCAUCCGGCAUUUAUGCCUUGCCCAGCAACGAUGAGAUCCUGGCCGCCGUGGCUGCCGCAGCCCAAAAUAGCCAGCAGCAGCUGCAGGAGGAGCCCAUCCCGCUGGAGGAGGCGGUGGCCAGCUCCACGAUGCGCAAGCGGGGCGUCAACUACGAGUACAACCCGUACUUGUCGCCGGCGGCCAGCGACUACGGCAGUGAUGUGCCGAAUGGCGUUUGGUCGGAUGACUACGAGGCCGCCGUUCCCGUCAGCUAUGGCGAACGGGAUCUCCAGGAAAUCGAUGACUACGUUCCAGAGCGAAGAGUGAGUGGCUCGAGUGCGCGGAACAAGGCCUAUGAUAACCUGCAAAAUCUCCUGAAUGCCGAGGCCUAUCUGGAGAGCAUUCCCCUCUCGGUUCCGCUGACCUAUGCCAACCGGAACUACAACUUGGAUGACCGGAACAAGCGGGGUAUUUACUACAACAUGGGCGCCAGUGGUGCCAGUGGUGCAAGCAGCCUUGGCAGUGAUAGUGGCUAUAAUAGCGAAAAUAUCAACCUCAACAAAUAUCGUCGCUUCAAUGAUAUGCGUCUGAAACGCGACACCCAGCUGAAUCCCGCCGACAUGUUGGCCCUGGUUGCCUUGGUGGAGGCUGGUGAAAGGGCGCGGAAGGAGAGCGAUGUGGAGAGCUCCGUGGCAGUGCCCAUGAUCGCCUCCGAUGACCUUGACUAUGUGCCGGCAAACAGUUGGAUGGACGUGCCCGUACAGGCGCAACCCGCUCUGGUGGACUACUACGGAAUGCCGCUGGACAACCAGAACCAGGUGAUGCCCAAGUAUGAGUACGUGCCACGCCAACACAAGUACACUGGAGUCAAUAGCCGCUUUGGGGCCUCGAAACAGCGCUAUAUGGUGGCCAAGAAGAAGCGUUCCAUUAGUCAGAGCCAAUUUAUGAAUGAGCCCGUGGCCGAACGUGGAUCCAGCUAUAAUGGCGAAAAGUACUUUUAAAUCCAAAGAUCCCAACGCAUCGAUAGUCUACUAUAUAGUAUUUAAUGAUAGCCCACACAGGCCCCACGAAAAGUAUUUCUCGUUUUUUCCAAAAAAAAAAACAUUGAUCAUAAACAUAAUCCAAGGAUAAAAAAUCCACAAAUUUUUCAAUUCAAUUAUAGUAAAUGAGCUAGUGUGUCAAGGUCAACUCGUGUGCAAUUUUUGUGUAGAACUUCAAUUUUAAACCAACACUAACAAGAAUCAAAUUAUUGUUAUAAAAUAUUAUAUGUCAAGAACAUAAUCAAAUCAAUGUUUUUAGUAUGUCGAACUGGGUUCGAUGAUUUUCUCCCACGAAAACUAAUCCUUAGUCUAACCGAAAAAUGGAACUAAACCGAAUCUAAAAGCCACUUAAUCCCUGUAAGAAAUCAAUGUCUAUGGCAAACUAAAUGUACAAUUACUAAGAAACCAGAGAAACCGCAACUAUCUGUAUCUACUUGUGUGUAAUACUUAUCGAACUAGAGGCUUCCCGACUAGUACAAAAAAAUUGAGAGAAGAAUGUUCAAAAAUAUAUUAUAUAUACUAUAUAUAUAUAUAUAUGUAUAUCGGAUAGCAAACAAUCGCCAAAAAAUACGGCUAGUUAUCAACUUUAAUCGAGCUCAGAUGCGACAAUGGUCCCCUAAACCGCUUUAAUUUAAAAAACUAAAUAUUUUUGAAGACGUAUGAAGCCACCACAUUGCGAUUUAAACUUUUAUAUAGCCACGCGCCGACUUGCGGACAAAUCGAUCAAAUGAGAAAUGAUGCUGAGAGUUUUAAUCAUAUAUAUAUACUGAAUAACCGCAGCUAAAAUAUAUAUUAACUAUACGUAUACAAUAUGCAAACUAUUUGUCAAAAUUAUAAGAAGUGGCUCAGGCAUAAAUAUUUUAAAUAUUCUAUGCCGAAGAUGGAGAGACGUAUUUUUAAUUUGAAUGAAAAAUUGUCUGACUGUUUUUGGUAAUAAUCAAAUAUACAUACAUAUAAAACAUAAAUUAUAUAUUACUUAUACAGAGUAUUUAAAAUGCAUUAAUAGCGUAUAUAUGUGUGUGUGUAUACAAUACAAUACAAAGAAAUACAUAUAUAUAUAUAUAUGAACACUCAACUAACUAUAAUAUUAUAUAUAUAUUUUCCCUUACACUUUUUGGGUCUCUGAAAAUUUGGCCUUUAAUUUACGCCUUAAGUUCUUUACGCGAGCUUAAUUUGAAAAUACAUUUAUUUACAAGCAACUGAUUUACGAUUAAAUAAAAUACGUCUUUGGUUUGGAA